AUGGCGGAACUCCAGCGCAUCGAGUCGAUGCAAUAUCCUGCUGGGCAUCUUUCACAUCUCACAGAAAACCAGCAAGAGAAGCUGGACGCGUUCAAGCAAAUUUGCCUGGAGCAGAAGUACUACACGCCAGCCGCCGGUGGGAAGGCUGCCAGCCAUGACGACGAGACCCUGCUUCGAUACCUGCGCGCACGUCGUUUUGUACCCCAAGAAGCAUUCAAACAGUUCAAAGACACGGAAGACUGGCGGAAAGAGAACAAGUUGGACCAGAUCUUCGAAACUAUCGAGAUAGAGGAGUUCGAGCAAACGCGCCGUUUGUACCCCCAAUGGCUCGGCCGACGCGACAAGCGCGGCAUUCCGCUCUUCCUCUUCGAAGUCGCGCCGCUGAACACCAAGAACAUUUCCGCAUACGAGAAGAACCUCGCCAAAUCCAAGACCACGGUCCCUGGUGUCUUGACCAAGAACGUGCGACUCUUCGCCCUGUAUGAGUCGUUGACCAGAUAUGUGACGCCGCUGUGCUCCAUGGUCCCGCGCAGCCACCCCGAAACCCCGAUAUCGCAGAGCAACAACAUCGUAGAUAUCAGUGGAGUUGGACUGAAGCAGUUCUGGAAUCUGAAGAACCACAUGCAAGAUGCUUCUGUUCUGGCGACGGCACAUUACCCCGAGACACUAGACAGAAUAUUUAUCGUGGGCGCACCUGGGUUCUUCCCGACCGUCUGGGGCUGGGUCAAGCGAUGGUUCGACCCAAUCACAGUUUCCAAGAUCUUCAUUCUCUCUCCCGCAAACGUCUACAGCACUCUUCUGCAAUACGUCGACCACGACAACAUUCCCAAGAAGUACGGCGGCGGACUUGACUUUGAAUGGGGUUCCAUGCCCAACAUAGAACCUGCGAUUGACGAAGUGCUCAAGUGGGAGAACCCAGACACUCAGAACGGCAAGAACACAUUCCCCAUCGGACCGAUUCGGUGGGAAGAGGGUCCUGAUGGCGCAAUGCAAGCGUGGGGUGUGGGCAGCGAGAACGGACAGCCCAGGCGGAGAUUGGUCUUCACCAUCCCAAAGCCAGUCGGAUGGAAGACGGGACCAUACCCGAACACACCAGCCUUCGAGAAGGGCGACCCUCUCACCACAGUCGGCUCAGCAACGCACCCUCCUGACGCCGGCGAGAACACCGACGAAACCCCACCUUCAAGCACUCCCUCCGCCUCGAACCCACCCUCGAUCGUUUCACCCACCGCGCCAGAACAGUUCACUCUGCCCAUCAGGCAAGGCACAUCAGAAACACGGUACGCGCAGCAAGACCAAACACAUGCAUCCGGCCAGCUCGCAGACGGCACACCGCACGCGGCAAUCAACGACCAUGGCCAUGGCGAUAAGACGGUGACAAUGGAGCCCAACACCAUUGGCCAGGCACCCAAGGAAAUGCCCCUCCCCGAGCCAGAACAGCCCGCAGCCCCAGGCUACGUCGACCAAGCAAAAGCCGCCGCCGCCUCCGCAUCCGCAACGGUCACUUCGACUGUCGGCGCGGUCGCAGGAACCGUCGUUGGUGCCGUGACAGGCAACAAGGAGACAGAGGAGAAGGUCGAGGAGCCGGUGCGCGCGAAGAGUCCGCAGGAGAAGGAGAUAGAUGAGAAGAUUGAUGCGAUUCAGGAGAAGAAUGUGGAGGCUUUCUUGCGCGAGAAGAACUCUAGCACGUAGGAUUGCUGCAGGAGCAUGUGAGGGGGUGAGGGAGUGUGGUGGUCUGGAGAGAUUUGCAUAAACGGCAUGGAAUAAACAUGAUAUCCUUACUUUCACCAUGAUUACGGUAUUAUAGUUGGCGAAAUGAACUGCAUUCUCAUAUUA